AUGCAAGCCCUGCGGGAGAAUCGCAGGGCUGUCUUCUGGAGUAUCAUGAUCUCGCUAUCGAUUAUCAUGGAAGGAUACGACACCAUUCUCAUAGGCAACUUCUUUGCCUACCCGGAGUUCGCCAAGAAGUUCGGAGUGGACUACGGAGGCACUACGGGAUGGCAGGUCCCGGUUGCGUGGCAGACCGGGUUGAAUAUGUCCAGCACGGUUGGUGCUAUCUUUGGCGGGCUCAUGAACGGAUACCUCGCCUCAAGAUUCGGCUACCGCUGGGUGAUGAUCGGAGCCAUGGGCCUGCUGAACGCCUUCAUCUUUGUCGUCUUCUUCGCGCCCAAUGCCGCCGCCUUGGUAGGCGCCCAGAUCCUGUGCGGGCUCUGCUGGGGUGUCUUUGCAACUCUCAGUCCGGCGUACGCCUCCGAGGUGUGCCCGACCAACCUGCGCGGCUACAUGACCACCUACGUGAACCUGUGCUGGGCGAUUGGCCAGCUCCUCGCCAGUGGCGUCCUCCGAGGCUGCCUUCCCAUCGCGGGGGCAAUGGGCUACAAGAUCCCCUUCGCCAUCCAGUGGGUGUGGCCUGUGCCUCUCAUGGUUAUCGCGUACCUUGCUCCGGAAAGCCCGUGGUACCUUGUGCGUACGGACCGGCUGGACGAAGCGAAGCUGUCAAUUGCGAGGCUCAGCGGCGAGAAGACGGAAGAGCAGAUCAGCGCCCAGCUUGCCAUGAUGGUGCACACGACCAGGCUCGAGGCCGAGGUCACCAAGGGCGCCACGUAUCUCGACUGCUUCCGCGGCGUGGAUCUCCGCCGCACCGAGAUCUGUAUGGUCGCCUUCAUGGGCCAGAUCCUGUCGGGAAGCAGCUUUGCGUACACGCCGACCUACUUCUUCACCACCGCUGGCAUGGAGACGUAUAAUGCGUUCAAUCUUGGCCUCGGCGCUAAGGGAAUGGCCUUCUUGGGGACUGUCCUGUCCUGGUGGCUCAUCUCCUACUUCGGCCGACGAACACUCUACGUGACGGGGAUUGGCAUCCUCACCGUCGUGCUCUUCAUCAUCGGCAUACUCGACGUCUCGGCCGGCACGAGGGGUCUCUGGCCGUCGGGCGGGCUGUGCGUCUUCUGGCUCUUCACCUACUCGCUCACCAUCGGGCCGCUGGCAUACAGCAUCAUCUCCGAGACGUCCAGCGUGCGGCUGCGGCCGCUGUCGGUCGUGCUCGCGCGCACCGCCUACCAGAUCACCAACAUCGUCUCGCAGGUCCUGUACAGCUAUAUGCAGCACCCGGCCGCCUGGAACUUCAAGGGCAAGUCGGGCUUCUUCUGGGGCGGCACGGCGUUUGUCGUGUUUGUGUGGGCCUAUUUCCGCUUGCCCGAGAUUAAAGGCCGCACGUACGAGGAGCUGGAUAUCCUGUUUGCGAACAAGACGCCCGCGCGCAAGUUUGCCGAGGCCCAUGUCGAUGCGUAUGCGCUGUCGGUGCCCGCCGAGGUGCGGGAGGAGAAGGUGAAAGGUGAGCAGUGA